CGGAUCCCGCCUCUUUCCCGGCUCUCGGCCGCUGCCUGUUGUUGCUGCGCUCGGCCGCCGACGCUAUUGCCGCAGACGCGAUGGGAAAUUUGCUACAGUUUCUGAAGUUGGUGGGGCAGCUGAAGAGAGUACCUCGGACCGGAUGGGUAUACAGAAAGGUAAACAAUCCAGAAAGUGUCUCAGAUCACAUGUACAGAAUGGCAAUUAUGGCUAUGGUUACUGAAGAUAAAACUCUUAAUAAAGAUAGGUGCAUUCGAUUAGCUUUGGUUCAUGAUAUGGCUGAAUGCAUAGUUGGUGACAUUGCUCCUGCUGACAAUAUUUCCAAAGAAGAGAAACAUCGGCAAGAAAAGGAAGCUAUGAAACAUUUGACCAGAUUGCUGUCAGAGGAUAUGGGAAAAGAGAUUUAUGAACUCUGGGAAGAAUAUGAACAUCAGUCUACUGCAGAAGCAAAAUUUGUAAAACAGCUGGACCAAUGUGAAAUGAUUAUUCAAGCUUUAGAGUAUGAAGAGUUAGAGAAAAGACCUGGGAGAUUACAAGACUUUUAUGAUACUACUGCUGAGCUAGCUCGUCCCCUGUGGCGCGGCUUGGAAAGUGCACAAAUGUGAACCAAACAGGGCCAGCAGUCUUCAGCAGCCAAACUACUAGUAUGUAUUAGCAUUAUAGUCUCCCAGCUAAUGUAACAUUGUCAUACACUUCAUAAAGUAAAGAUGUGAUAUUAAUUUAAAACAGAUGACUGGGAUCCCCAUGAUUGCCUUUUCAAAGUGUUCUGGUAUCAAAAUUUCUCAAACUAGAAGCUGAUAGCACCAAGAUGGAAAAGGGAAGGAGUUGGACUGUCCUUCCAGGGGCUGCUCCCUUUUGCUGACUGGAAAAAAGAUUUGUUGUUUUGGCCUCUGGAAACCUAUUGGGGUCAGAGGGUUAUUCAUACCCUAAAUCUUGUAGAAGUCUAGUUACUUGUACAUUUUCCAAGAUUAUUAAAUUUUGGUUGUAGGAUCUUGUCCUUCAAGAAAUGGAUCCAUCCAUUAAAGUCUUUGACAUGAAGUUGCAAGACAUUCUAGUUAGAAUUUUUCAAAGACACAAGCUGCUGCCAACAACCAUUUCUAUGAUGGUUCGUGCCCUUGUUUUCCAUGACUUUGGCUUGUCUACUUGUAUUUUGGAAGGCUAGCAAGAAAGCUGUCAAUUUGUGUAGCUCUCCGUGAUGUUGAUUUCAGAGGCAAAAGACAUUUAAAAGCCCAGCCAAUUGUGUUGAUGUGUUAUGGAUUUGAUUCUCCUCUCAUCUGAUCUGAUUUCAGGUAGCAGAUUAAGGCAAUAACACAACAUAGCUGCCUAGCAUUUUUUCAACAUUCCAACCUUUAUUGUAAUUUUAGGAUGAAAUACCUCAGCUUAGAAAAUGGAACCAAAUAAGUACCAAAUAUUAAAGCUUACAUAAUGUAGUAACACAGUUCUUGUAGAAAAAUUAUAGUUACCAGAGUUGCUGCCAUAAUCUUGUACUUAGCCUAUUUGAAGAGUAUGUA